AUGUCCAGGGCCCGGCUGGGGCAGGAUAGGGUGCUGUGGAAGCACACGGCAAAGCCACCGAACAAAGUGGGGGGACAUGAGUGGAGGACAUCCAGGGACAUGGCGUUUAAAUGGAGACCUGAGGGGUUAGGCAGGCGGUGGAGAGAGUGUGGGAAACAAAAGCGUGUUCUAGGUAAAGAUGUUAGAAGAGGAAUCCAUACCGGGACUCCCAUGGUGGCUCAGAUGGUAAAGAAUCUACCUGACUACCAGAAGAUCCGAGUUCGAUCUCUGAGUCAGGAAGACCCCCUGGAGAAGGGAAUGGCUGCCCACCCAGGUAUUCUUGCCUGGAGAAUUCCACAGACAGAGGAGCCUGGCAGGCUUCAGUCCAUGAGGCCACAAAGAGUCAGACAUGACUGA